UCAGCCUUGCCAGAGGGCAGCCUUCUCCCCAGGACAGCAGCCUUGUACCCCUCGCCCUUCGCCAUCCCUCGCACCUCCAGCAUCGCCAAGGGCAAGCGGCCCUCCGUCUCCUUUGCAGAAGGGACCCACUUUGGCCCUCAGAGCCCCAGGGCCCCCCCAGAGGCCCUCAACCCUACCCGGAAGCCAACGGCCUCUGACAGCUCAGCCCAAGGAGCUGCUCCUCUGGAGGCCGACCACCCCACGGGGGCCUCAUGCCACGCCCCGGGCAGAAGCUGCGACGAGGAAGUGGCACCAGCUCCCUGGGAGGAUAAUGGCCGGCCCCCUGGAGGCCACCCUUCCAGCAGCCACAGGAGCUGGGCUGGCGCGGAGGCACCGGGCGCAGCUGCUGCGGAAGCUGGUGGCCAUGAGCCCAGCAUCACCACCAUUUAUGUGACCGUGGGCCAAGCCAGAAGUGGCAGUGAAGACCCCCCUCCAGCUGCCCAAAGGCCUCAGGGGAGUGGGCAGGAGGAGGCUGCCUGGCCAAGAAGUCUGCAGAGGGAUGCUGGGAAGGGCACCUCCAGGAAGCUGGUCCCAGAGAAGGAGCCCAGCAUGGCUGAAGGUGAAGGCCUGCUGGCUCCUGACCAGCAGGGGGAGGAGGGUGGAGGGAGCAGUGGCAGCCUGGAGCCGUGAGACCCUCCUGUAGGGGCACAGCCAGGGAAGCAAACGUGCCCUGCCCCAGGAGGGUUUGCCCCAGGAGCCUCGCUGUGUCCAGCAUCCCCCACCCCCCCAGAGACAAGGGAGGGGAAGCGAAGCUUCAAGGGGUUCCGCGUGGAGGAGGCCAAUCCUGCCGUGCCCUGGAAGGGAUUGGGCCCCUCGCCUUCUGUCCUUUUGGAGGCGUCCCUCGCCACUGGAAGCGCUGCCUGUGGUUGCCUGAUGCCCCGCGGAGCCCUUCCGCUCAGAAAAGUCGGUGGCAACAGUCUGGCAUCUGGGUAGGUGCUGCUUUUUGGGUAUCUCAGUCGCCGCAUUGCCCUGGUAAGGCAAGUAGCCUGGAACUGCGGGCACCUGCUGCCACCCUUGCUGCCCACAGUUGGGCUCUUUUUCUAGAAAGGGUCUGGGGAGCUGCCAGUAGUGAGCAGCAGGGGGCGGUCUUGGGCAGAAGCUGUAUCUGUAGAGGCUGAAGGGGCACCGAAACCUCCCUUGGCAAGACCCGGAAGAGCCAGUGGAGCCUCAAGGAAACACCCAUCAAAAGGACGAACGAGAGUUAAGACUGUAUUCACUGUGUGGAAUCAAUCUGA